CCUUCUAUCCGUCUCUCUGCUGCUUCAUCCUUUUUGACUAUUUUUUUUCUUGAUCAUUGUCGGACAGUAAAUCCCACCUUUUAAAGACACCGAAAAGAAGAGACAGUACACGACAUUACCUCACCUACUCGAGAUCUUCUGCUCCAAGUUCCAAAAUUCAGUAAUCUCCAAUCUCUGGUCCUCCAAAAAUCACCAUCUUUCAUUGAACUGUUUCAGUUCUGAAUCUUCUGAUACAUAUGGAUAAAAGCGACAGUUGUUGUUCAACUCACCUUAUAGAUGGGGACGGAAAUUUCAAUGUUGCUGGACUGGAUAAGUUCAUGAAGGAAGUUAAACUUGCAGAAUGCGGGCUUUCUUAUGCCGUAGUUUCCAUCAUGGGUCCUCAGAGUAGUGGGAAGAGUACAUUGUUAAAUCACCUGUUUGGUACUAAUUUUAGGGAGAUGGAUACUUUUAAGGGGAGGUCUCAAACCACUAAAGGUAUUUGGUUGGCGCAAUGUGUUGGCAUUGAACCUUGCACUCUUGUAAUGGAUUUAGAGGGCACCGAUGGAAGAGAACGAGGAGAGGAUGAUACUGCAUUUGAAAAGCAGAGUGCCUUGUUUGCCCUAGCUGUAUCAGAUAUAGUGCUAAUAAACAUGUGGUGUCAUGACAUUGGCCGUGAGCAGGCUGCAAAUAAGCCUCUUUUAAAAACUGUAUUCCAGGUCAUGAUGAGAUUAUUUAGUCCACGCAAAACAACUUUGAUGUUUGUUAUACGUGAUAAAACAAGGACGCCUUUGGAAAACCUGGAACCUGUUUUAAGAGAAGACAUUCAGAAGAUAUGGGAUGCAGUUCCUAAGCCGAGUGCGCACAAGGAAACUCCAUUAAGCGAAUUCUUUAAUGUUAAAGUUACUGCUCUUUCUAGUUAUGAAGAGAGGGAAGAACAAUUCAAAGAGCAGGUAGCGAUCCUAAGACAGAGGUUCUUUCAUUCUAUUGCACCUGGUGGGCUUGCGGGGGAUAGGCGAGCUGUAGUUCCUGCUUCUGGCUUUUCAUUUAGCGCGCAAGAAAUUUGGAAGAUCAUCAAGGAGAACAAGGACCUUGACCUGCCUGCUCACAAAGUCAUGGUUGCCACUGUACGUUGUGAAGAGAUCACGAAUGAGAAGUUUUCUUCUUUUAUUGCAAAUGAGGAAUGGCAUCAGCUGGAAGAUGCUGUACAAUCUCGACUGAUGCCAAGCUUUGGGAGGAAGCUCAGCUCAAUUCUUGAUGUCUGUCUAACGGAAUAUGAUGUAGAGACGACCUAUUUUGAUGAAGGUGUUCGAUCUUCAAAGCGGAAACAGUUAGAAGAGAAAUUGCUGCAAGUAAUGCUUCUUUAAUUCACCCUUGAAGUUGUACACGUAUGGAAAAAGAUGCGUAUCUUUAUUUUAUAUAAAAAUGUAGAUAGAGUAAUGGCAAAUACAUCCUGAACUAAAAAUUUAUCAGUUCUCUCUCAUUGGAGAUUCAUGUUUUUUUCAAUAUCUAAUCUUCCUUUGGCUUUCAUUCUUGACACGAUAUUAUAUUUCACUCAGAUUCUGUGUGUAGACCAGACAGAAACCACGAGUAAAUAAUGAGUGCUAGUUUUAACCAUUGUUUAACAUCUAGAAUGAGCAAACUUCCUGAUGGAAUGGUGAAUCUGAUAAGUGCAUUUUGCUGUCACAUGUGCCUGAUGACGUUUUUGGUCUUUUCUAAGUUUUGACUUUGUUUUUGAUAGCAUAAACCCACCACACUUUUCUCUAUAUGUAUCCACCUACCUCUAUCUGUGAGAGAACACUUCUUUCAGCUUUCAGGACCCAAAGGUGAAGCAUCAAAUAAGUUCUAUGCACUGAUAUUGAGAAAUGAACAUUUUGAUGUGGUUGCCGGUAGCCUUGAGCAUGGUUCGGUUCUAAAGAGAAACGAAUUGACCUAGGAUUUUUGGGUAUUUAGUAAAUGGAACCGUCGGGUCCAAAUUUAAUUGUGAAAUUGAAAUGGUUUGGUUCGAUUUCGUACCAUAAUUACAUUUUUUAACAUUUACAACAACAUUACAUUAAUUAACCAAUGACAUGUUCAAUCUUGACUCUUACAAAAUUAGAUAGUCCAAUUAGAAAUAUACAAAUAAAAAUUUGUCUGAUAAGAUCCAUUUACUAAUGUAUAUAAAUUAUCGAAAAGUAAAUAAUAACGCUAAAACAUCACUGAUCUUGAGGAACAAAGAUGAAGUCGUGACUUGUGAGAGGGAAGCAGCUGAAAAUGAGAGUAAUAGCUUAACUUAAAUGGCAGAAUGAGGGAAUGUUAGGUGAACUGUGAAGUGAAAUUGGGCUUAAUUGAAAUUGUAGGAAAAAUAUUUUGGGUUCAAGUUGGGCUUGGUCCUUGAAGCCUUGGGCACUUAUUAGUCACUUAAUUAGUUAAUUGGAAAAUUUACUUAGAAAAAUUAAAAUAAUUUGGCUUAUUCAAUAUAAAAAAUUAAAAAAAAUAGAGUGAUUCGGUUAUUCGAUUCUUAGUUUAAAAUAAAAAACCGAACCAUCUAGAACCAAACUAAGCUUGUCGGUUCUCAAUUCUAACAACUAUUCGGGCAUUUAACCUAAGAAGAACCAAACCUAAUGGAACCUCUUGGUUCGAUUAGGUUUGGGCCCAUCUUAGUUCGGGAGUUUUGUUCGGCCCUAAUUGCUGGUUCACAU